UGACCCAGUUCAGUUGUUGCGCAGCCCUGGUUUUGCAUUGUUUUUACGCUGGCAUUAAUUAGAAUUGGUAAAUAUACGUUUGCCAGCGUGAUUAUAUUGAAGUUCUGCCGUUGCAAGCGAGUUUCCAGUGAUAACAAACUCAAAAACCAACUGGAAAAUUGGCAAAAACGGGCGAAAUAACAGCAAACAAAACACGCACACAUAGGAACACACACACACACACGCACACAUGCAAAGAGGUGCACACGUCAGUGCCACGAAUUCCAUAAAAAAAACAACAAGAAAGCCAAAGCUUUAGUUUUAGGCUAAAUCGCAUAAACCGAUCCGAUCGGAAGCGGAAGAUAUAUAUGCCAGCUACAUGGUAAACCCUCUCUCGUUGCAGUCAAUGUCGAUAGCUAGCGCUGCGCAGCCACCGUGGAUAUAUAAUCGGUCCUUCAGAUAGCCAGUCCGCAUAUAUAUUCCCGAUUCCCCCCGAUUUGUUUUUCCUUCUCCCGUCUUUUUUGUUUUGUUUUUUUUUUUCUGGAUUGUUUGUUUUGCCCUCCUUAAAAAAUAACUAGGCUAGUUAUAUUUUGUAAUUGAAACGACGAUGGCGGAGGAUUCGGCUUCUUUGGAGAGUUCCUACGAUUUCUCCAUCGUUCAGCCCGAUAAUCACGAAUAUGGCGAGGCGGAUUUACGCUUGACGGGCAGCUCCAACGAUCUGUCCUUGUUACAGAAUGAAUCCGCCAGCACAACGAGAGGCACCGAGGGCAAGGGCCGUUUGGACAGCCUUAAAGAGAAUCUGUACAAGCAGCAGGAACGCCUAACUGCCUUGAAGGAACGUGCCUUGAGGAAAUCGCAGGAUGGGCGACGCCAGUCCAGCAUGAGUGACUCCAUGGAGUCGCUGAAGACGCUGGGCCAGAAGCUCACCGUGCUGAAGACGCGUUCCGGCGACGCCUCCACUCCGCUGGCCACGCCCACCAAGGAUAGCGAUGCGUCGCUGCUGCAGACCAGCGGCAGCGAGAAGCUACUGAUGCUCACCCAGCGCACCGAACAGAAUCGCGCUUUGCUGGAGCAGCGAAAGAGGGAUCUGGCCAAGUCGCUGCUCUCGGUCAAGUCGAAUAGAACCACCACCACCAGCAGCGCCGGCGGCGGCGGCGAGCUGGGCUCUUCCAUGACGGAUCUGCGGCAGGCGACGUCCGCCGCCUCCAAUCCCCCGGUCUCCCGUCACCGUUCCGCCUUGGAUUUGGAGUCGCAGGGCCAGGAGCCGCUGGACGAGAGCCGCCUGAAGCUGCUGCGGAAUCGCAUGAAGCUCACGGAACUCAAGUCGGGCCGUCAGGAGCAGGAGCUGCAGGAGCUGCGCACCGAACUGGCCAAGCGGGGCCAUCUCAUCGAGCAACUGGAGCUAUCCGGCGCCGAAUUGCAGCGCUCGCUGACGCAGCGCAACGAGGAGCUGGAGCAAUUGCGACUGGGCGGGGAAAAGGAGGAGCUGCAGGAGCAGGAGCAAGCGCGUCUCCAGGGAGAGGUUUUAGUGCUAAGAGAACGACUGGCAGAGCUGGAGAACAUCAACGAUCUGCUAGAGACGACGCGCUGUGAGCUGCAGGAGGAGCUGACCACGGCACGCGAAAGGGAAAGGCAAAGGGAGCAGGACAGUCCCCCAGCGGAGGCGGCGUCCACGGAUGCCCAGGUGAGCGUGGAGCUGGCCAAGCAGCUGCAGGAGCUCACCAAUCAGCUGGCCGAACUGCAGGCCGCCAACGAGGAGCUGCGAUGCCAGGUGGCCGCCCAAAAGAAGCUCCCAGUGAGCGAUGAGAGCGUCUCGCAGCGUCUUGCCGAACUGGAGGCCACCAUAUCCGAGCAAACUGCUCAGCUAGAGGAUCAAAAAUCGCAGUUGGCUGGCCAAAGCGAGGAGAUCGCCGAGAAGACCACCGAACUCAAUGUGCUCAAUGUGAAUCUGCGUCUGCUGGAGGAGAAGCUGGCCCAGAGCAGUCGCAGCAAGCCCCUGUUCCUCGACGACCAGCCGGAGGACGGAGAACUGCAGCAGCUGAAGCAGAAGCUGGACGAAUCGAACAAGGCCAACAUCAAGCUGAAGCUCAAGUGCAAGCAGGCGGAGAAGCAGCUGCAAAAGCUGCAGACUCAGGAUGGCCAGCAGCAGCAGGAGCAGUUGGAGGAGCUGCAGCAGAGGAUCACGAUGCUGGAGGACGAAAAGGGCCAAUGGCAGUUGGCCAGCAUGCAGAGAUCGCAGGAGGAGGAUCAGCAGGUUAGCCUGCUCGAGCAGCAGAAGCAGGAAUUGCAGCAGGCUUUGGAGUCUGCGCGCGUCGAAUCCGAGCUAAGCGAGGCCCAAAUGGAGGAGCAGCUCACCCAGCGCGUCCAGCAACUCGAGCAGGAGGCCCACGAGCAGCGUGAGCAACUAAGCAACCUGCAAAGCGAAAAGGCGACGCUGGACAAGAAGCUGACGCACUACAUCAACGAGAACAUGGAGCUGCUGGACAAGCUGGAGAAGCUCAGCUCGUCCAGUUCGGCGGAAUCAAUUGAGAUAGUGGAGCGACCGGCCAGCGAGGCGGCAGAUCCUCCAGCGAUGCCCAGUCACGUGAGCGAACUCACGCAAACGGAGGAUGCCGCGCAGGAAGAGAGCCUCUCGCAGCUGAGGGAACGCUUGGAAUUAUUCACCCAGGAACGCGGCGAAGUGCUGGACAAGCUGGAGCAGCUGUCGGCAGAGAAUCUGCAGCUGCAGGCGCGACUGGAGGAGAGUUCCAGCUCGCUGCAGUUGCUGCAGCGUGAGCGGGAAAAGGAUCUGCUCUCCUCCACCUCGACCUCGUCGAAUCUCUCGCAGGAACUGAGCUCCAUGCAGCGUUCCUCCGAGGUGGUGGCCACUUUAGAUGCCGGCGAAGGCGGACCCCUGCUCUUUGAGAAGUGCGAGAAGUCGCUGAGCAAACUCAACUCGGAACUGGAGGCCUAUCGCAAGGCCAACGAUCGGCAGGCCAAGUUCAAUGUGUCCAAGAAACUGGCCAGGGAGGCCAAGAACUGCCACGCCCAGUUGAGCGAGCUGCUGCACAAGGUCAAGGAGGCCAGCACGGCGGUGGAAACGGUGACUGUGGUGGAGACCGUGGUCGCUGUGACCGCUCCCAAUGGCAAAGCUCUCGCGGAAUACGAGCAGUUGAACGCCCAGAAUGCCGAACUCAAGGCGGUGAUCUCGCGUCUGCGUCAGGAGUUGGAUGAAAUGGAAACACCAUUAAGUAUAGUUGGUUCCGAGUCCGAAGCCCAAAGGGAAGCGGAGUUCCGGCAGCUGCAAUCCUCGCAGGCGGAGCAACUUCAGCAGAUUGAGGAGCAGCGCCAGCAGAUCGAUGAACUGCGUCAAAUCGAAGCGGAUCAGAGGGCGGAGAUCGCACAGCUGCAGCUGCAGGCGGAGCACUUUGAUCAGCAGCUUAACGCGAAGGAAAUGGGCCAUGAGAAGCAGCUGGAGCAGCAGACGAGGAUACGGCGAGAGCUGGAGGCACGUGGUGAAUCCCUCGAGGGUGAACUGAGCAUUCUGCAGGCCCUGGUGGCCGAGCAGAAGCAGCAGUUGAUCGAAAACCUCAGCGAGAACGAGCACAAUCUGAACCUCAAGAUGCUGGAACUGCAGUCCGCCCAGGAGGAGCUGCGCGAGCUGCGGGAGCUGCGGGCCCAGCAGGAUGAUCCCGAGCAGCUGAGGGAGGCGCUGCGCGUUAGCAAGAGUCUGGCUGCCCAGCAGGUGAGUGAACUGGCCUCCAGCCAGGAGACUAUCGAUGCCCUGAACCAGCAGAUCCAGGAAUUGUACCAGGGCGUCGAGCAGGCGCGCCAAGAGGAGCAGUUAAAAACAGUCGAGCUGCGCGAGAAGCUCAAGAAGUAUGCCUUAAACCUCAAGAAGCGAACGCAGCACAAUGCGGAGCUGGAGCAGAAGGUUCAGGAAUGCCAGGAGGAGCUUAGCAAGCUGAGGGAGGAGCAGCUGCAACCUGAACCCCAAGUGGACACCCAACAAAUAGAGCAUCUGCAGCAACAGAUUGGCAAACUGAACGAGGAUCUCAAGGCCAAAAUUCAUGUCAACCUAGAGAACCGCGAUGCGCUGCGUCAACUGAAGCAGCAAGUCCAGGAGCAGGAGCAACUGAUCGAGCAGCGCGAUGCGGAACUCCAGGAGGCCAGUCUGGUGAGCAAGGAGCUGCGACGCGAGCGCCAGGAGGCCGAGCAGGAGGUCUUCCAGCAGGGCCAGCAGAUGGCCAGGCUGCGCGAGGAGAUCGCCCACCUCGAACAGAAGCUAAAAGAGGAGCCAGCGGCUGUCGAUGAUCUGCGCCGUCAACUGGAGGCCAAGUCGAAGAAGUUUGAAAAGUCCAAGGAGCUGAUCAAGCAUCGCAAUGCCACCAUUCAGGCGCUGCAGCGAGAGGUGCAGCAGUUGGAGAAGGAGAAGGACGAGCAGAUGGCCCAGCUGGAGGGCCAAGGCGAGGGCAGCAUUGUCAAGAGCUCCCUGGAGCAACUGGAAAGCCAAAAGAACGCGGAAUCCCUGCAAGCGGCCGAGCAUCUACGCAUCCAACUGACGGCCGCCCAGGAGCAGCACUCCCUGCUAGCACAGCAAUAUGCCAGCGACAAGGCCAACUUCGAGCUGACCAUCGGCCGCCUGGAGACGAUUCACGAGGGCAUUCAGGCCAAGCUGCAGGAGGAUGCCUCGUACAUCGAAUCGCUGGAGGCGCAGAACGCAGAGCUGCAGACGCGAAGCGCUGCUCUCGAGGAGCAGGUGGCCAGCCAGGCCAAUCGACAGGCGGCUGAGCAGGAUCACACGCAAAUCCUAGAGCAGCAGCUGCAGGAGCGACGCGAACAGGAGGAGCAGCAGCGCCAGCAGGAUCAGCAGCUGCAGGAGCGCCUGAAUGAGUUGGAACAGAGGGAACUGGCUCAGAAUGCCCACAUCCAGUUGAUCACCAGCGAAGCAGAGGAAACGCGACAGCAAUUGCUGCGCCUGCGAACGGAACACGAAUCCCUGAUGGCCAAGAAUGCCCAGCUAACUGCCGACGCCCAGGCGGAGCGGGAGCAGCUGAGCAGCCGCAGCCAGGAGGAGCUGGCCGAUCUGCACCAGCAGCUGGCCGCCAAGGAGGCGGAACUGCAGCGCCAGCGGCAGGUCUACGAUGCCAAGCUGGCCGCCAAGGCGACGGAGCUCGAUGAACUGGAGUGUGACCUUAAUAGUCAUGUGGAGCGGGCUGCUGCCGAGACCAGAGAUCUUGUCCAGCAAGUGGAGCGCUCCCAGGAGUUGGUCAGUCAACGAUCGGAGGAACUGCAGCGUCUCAACGAGGAGUUGCAGGAGGUGGAACGCGAAAGGGCCACGCUGAGUCGCGAGGUCACCUUAUUGCGACUGCAGCAGGACAGUGCCGAGCAGGAUGUGCUGGAGCUGCAGGAGCUGCGCAUGCAGGUUAUGCAGGACAAGACCGAAAUGGACAAUCUGCGCUCGCAAAUCGAUUCGCUGUGCGCCAAUCACAGCCAGGAGCUGCAGGCUCUCCAACAGCAGAUUGCCGAGCUGGACACGCUGGGCCAGAAUCAAACGGACGACCAGGUGUACAUCGAAACGGAGAACAAGCGGCUGGCGGAGCAGCUCAGCGAAUUGCAGGCUCAGCUGGCCAGGCAAUCUAAUCCUCCACCAGCGGCAGCCUCCCUCUUCUUUGGCGGCGAUGCUUUGGCUGCUCCCUCGCCCUUUGAUGAAAUUGCCCAGCCUCUCAGGGUUUCCUCGCUCUCGGCCAGCGCUCCUCCGCUUCCCACACCGCCUCCUACUAUAGAGGAUCUGCAGCGGAAUGUCUCCGAUCUGGAGAAGCAUGCCCAGGAUCUGGAGACGAAGCUGCUGGCCAGGAAUCAGGGCUUGGCGGAGCAGGAGGAGCGACGUCAGCAGCUGGAGCAGCGACUCUGCGAACUGGAGCGCCUGCUGAGGGAACGCGAUCAGCAGCUGGCCGAGAUUAGGGUGGCGAACGAGGAGCGUGAGCGCUUGGCGGCGCUAGAGAAGCUAAUCCAACCGGCGGCGGUGGCUCCUACACUAGACAUGUUCUUUGGGGAAUCAGUGCCGGAUGCAGUGAGUCAACAUUUAGAUUUGGGACUGCCGCAAACGGAGCCCGUGGAGGAGCCUCUAAUCCAGCCGAAAAAGGCCUACUUAUGCCAGCCCAAGCAAGAGCAGCCCAUUGAUUUUGGCGUAGAUGAGGAUCCCUGGGCGAGUGCAGCCACAGAGGAACCGCAAACGGAUGUAGAACCACUCCAUGCGAGAAUCACCCAAUUGGAACUCCAGCUGAGUGCCGCGGAGCAGCAGAAGAUCGAACUGCAGACCAAGGCGGCCAAGCUGAUGAAGCGUUUGAAGGAAUACAAAACAAAGGCCAGCGCCACGCCCACAGUUACGGUAGACAAUGAUCUGGAUACGGCCAUUAUCGAGGAGCUGAAGCAUCAGCUUUCGCUCAACGAAUCCCGCGUGGCCAAGGCGGAGGAGCUGACGCAGCAGCACGUCCUCGAAAAGGAGAAGCUAGCGAAGAGGAUUGAUGUUCUAACGGCGGGCAACGAACGCAUGGCGGAGCUGAAGGAGCGCCAGGACUUGGAAGUGCAGAUGUACCAGGCGCGCAUCCGUGAGCUGCAGGAGAAGCUCAGCCAAGUGGAGCAGUGGGAUCAGGAGCCGACUCCUCCUGCUGCUGCUUCUGCUGCUCCUCCAAGCGGCGAUGAGGCAGUGAGGAUAGAGAACCUGCAGGCGGAGAACCAGGAUCUGAAUGCCGAGUGCCAGGAGCUGCAGGAGAAGCUGAAGAAGGAGCGCCACUUGCUCCAGAUGGCCGCGGAUAUGUCCGCCCAGAUGCAGUCGCAUAAUGAUAGCCUGCUGGCGGAUCUAAGGGAGCGUCUGCGGGCGGCGGAGGAGCGCAGGCCGUUGGAUCAGGAGGAUCAGGUGGAUCAGCUAGAGCUGCAGGCCCUGAAAACUGAGGUGGCUCAGUUGAAGAGUCUCCAGGCCGAACAGGAGCAUUUAAGCAGUCAGAAGAUUCAGCGGGAACAGCUGGAGUUGCAGAAACUACAAGAGGAACAUCAAAUCCAGACGGAGCAGCUGCAUCUGCUGCAAACGGAGGUGAUUGAGCUGCGGAAACUUCAACCUGAACUGGAAAAUCUAAGAGCCCUGAAAGCGCAGCAAGAAGCCGCAGAAGAUCGCGAACCUUCGGCGGACAUCGAUGACGAGCAGGUGGCCCGGCUGCAGGAGAAGGAGGCCGAGAUUGUGCACCUAAAGCAGCGCAUCGAGGAGCUGAUGCGCGAGGACCAAACCGAGAAGCUGGUCUUCGAGAUUCUCACCAAGAACCAGGAGCUGCAGCUGCUGCGCAUGCAGGUCAAGCAGCUGGAGGAGGACAAGGAGGAUCACCAGGUGGAUCCCCAGCCAGUUACCUUAAUAUCCAAUGAUGAAGAAGCUCUGAACUCUCUGCGAACUCAAUGCCAACAGUUGCAGCAGGAGAAAUCCGACAUGGAGGAGGAGCUGCGAGUGCUAAACAACCAUGUGCUCGGCAGCUUGGAGCUGGAGGAUCGCAUGAAGCAGACGCUGCUCCAACUGGACACGAAGAACAUUGAGAUCACCGAACUGCGACGCUCGCUGGAGUUGCUGCAGACGCAAACCCAGAAUCUUGGCCAGCAACCCGAUUUGGCGGCCAUCAAUCAGCAGUGGGAACAGCUGGUGGAGCAAAAGUGCGGCGAGGUGGCCGCCAUUUGGCAGGAGCAUCUGGCCCAGCGAGAGGCUGCCUUCAAGGCGCAGCUGGAGGAGAUCAGGCAACAGCAGGAGCAGUUAGAAAAGCCACAGGAGCAGCUGCCACAACCUGGAGAUACCAACGAAAUGAUGCUAAAAAUGCAAAAGGCUUUGGAAACGCAGGAAAUGGAGAUUGUUACGCUCAAGGAGCAGCUGGCCAUUCGUUCGGCGGAAUAUGCGCGCCUGGCCGCCCAAUACGAUCCCUUCCGGCUGCAGAAUCGCAGCGGAUCAUCGGGAGGCAAUCAGGCAGCAGCCGGCGGACCACCGCCUUUGGCCACCAACGAACCACUGCCCGAGUAUGUGCUCAAAGCGGAUCUCGACUACGCCCUGAUGAUGCUCCACCAGAGGGACAUGCGCGUCGAGGAGAUGAUCCUCGAGCUGGUGCAGCUGCUCGAGGAGCGUGACCACCUGCAGCUGAAGCUAUCGGACACGCUGCGCCAGCUGGAAACGGAGAAAAGUCGCGGAGUCAGCGAUGAACCAGCCUGUGCCACGGCCUCCUCAUCCGCUGCCUCCGGGAGCAGUCCCAGCAAAGCAAGCAGCGCCGGCAGCAGCAGCGAAAUCCUGGGAGCCGCCACGACCAGUGCAGCAGGCAGUGACCUCAAGCAGAAGCUGGCGGAGCUGCAAACGGUGAAGCAUUCCAAGGACAAGGCCAUCGUGGACGAGCGGGAGCAGCGCCUCCAGCAGAUGAUCCAGCUGCAGAAGGACAUGGCCAAGCAAGGAUCGGGAUCGGGAUCGGGAUCUGUAGGAGCAACAGCCACAGCAGCCACAACCGCACCAGCAGCAAUCGGCGUGGAUCUCUCUCAAUCCGGAUUGCGUUCGCCGUCGAUGAUGCUCAUGGACUGGAUAAUGGGCAGCAGCAGCAGUAGCAGCAACAACAACAAGGAGGAGGAGCCGACCUCCGGCUAACCCCUUGCGAUAUCCUGCGAUGCCUGGACGCCCACAACUAGCAGCACUUUAAUUACGAAUCAUUACUUUAACUUCAUGCUGGCCUUCCUUGCGCGGACAAUGGAGAUAGAUAGCGAUAGCGUUAGAGUUCUUUAUACGAUAUUAUGUACCUUGGCUAGCUGAAAGGCUCAAUCCACCCAAGCCCCCCCCGCGUAAACCCAAACCCAAUUUGUUCCAAACGCGUACGUUUUAUGUUGUAGAUAUGUAAAAAUUGUAUAAAACAAAAAGAAAAACAAAAACGAAAUGAAAACGAAAGCAGAGGCAGAAGAAAAAAUCAGAAAAUUUAACUAAAGAGAA